AUGGGUGCCCUCAAGUACGUCGAAGAGAUCCAGAAGAAGAAGCAGUCCGAUGUCAUUCGGUUCUUGCUCCGCGUUCGCUGCUGGGAGCUCCGCCAGCUGAACGCCAUCCACCGUGCUUCGCGCCCCUCCCGCCCUGACAAGGCCCGCCGUCUCGGCUACAAGGCCAAGCAGGGUUACGUCGUCUACCGCAUCCGUGUCCGCCGCGGUGGUCGCAAGCGCCCUGCCCGCAAGGGUGCCACUUACGGCAAGCCCACCAACCAGGGUAUCAACCAGCUCAAGUACCAGCGUGCUCUGCGCUCCACUGCCGAGGAGCGUGUUGGCCGCCGCUGCGCUAACCUGCGCGUCCUGAACUCCUACUGGGUUAACCAGGACUCUACCUACAAGUACUUCGAGGUUAUUCUCGUUGAUCCCCAGCACAAGGCCAUCCGUCGUGAUGCCCGCAUCAACUGGAUCUGCAACUCCGUCCACAAGCACCGUGAGAGCCGUGGUCUCACCGCUACUGGCAAGAAGUCUCGUGGUAUGAACAAGGGUCACCGCUACAACAACACCAAGGCCGGUCGCCGCCACACCUGGAAGCGCCAGAACACCCAGAGCUACUGGCGUUACCGUUAA